AAAGCCCUUCUUUGCAGGUGUCAGCCACCAGGAUGUGGACACUAUGGGCCCUGGCCAUCAUGCUGGCCACACAAGCUGGAGCAGUUGAAAUGCUAAAUGAAUCUCCAGUAGAAAGUCUUCCUUCAGUACUUGCUGUGCCCCGUGUAGAAUCUAUUGUUCUUCCCCUGCCACCCAAACGGGAUUUCAGAAGUUACUCAAUCCAAAAUGGCUCUCCACCCGGCAAACAGCCAUCUGAGACCCCAGAAGGACAGUGCGCACCUGCCUCCAAGUACUUCCUAUCUUCUGGGAAACUCAAUGAAUAUCUGAAUGCCACUAUACACCCGGAAAUUGAGAGGCUGGUGAAGUGUAAGGAGGUUAACAUGGUCGGAGUGCUUGGGACGGUGUUAGACAUGAUGGGAAACAAUGGCCUGAUGGAACUGCUAGAUAUCAAUUCACUCUUAGAAAUGGGAGGUGGCGGCCUUGGUGGUAUCCUAGGCAUGGACGACAAGAGUGGCAAGUCUUCAAAGCUCCCAUCCCCCUCCAAAGUUGGUGAAACUGCUGAAAACCUGGGUAUGGGCAGCCUGCUAGCCUCUGUAGGAGGCCAAGGUUCUGUAAAAGGGCUCCUUGGUAGUGCCGAUCUCCAUGUUCCCCAGCCCUUGAAUGAUGUGGCUGAAAAUGCUAAGAACCUCAAAGAUUCUGCUAUGGAAAAAGUAAAGAAUAUGCUGCCAUCAGAAGCCACCGAUGCACUCAAAGGUGCUCUGGGAAGCCUUGACCUAAAACAGUUAUUGCUGGGAUUAACUAUUCAAAACGUGGAGACAAAGGACAUUAAUUCAACUGUGACGGGUGAUGGGAUUGACAUCAUGGCUAGAAGUAUUGCUACCAUAGGUGGAGAAGGUGUGGCCGGACCCAUCAUCACCGUACUGGGAUUUCAAGUGCACUUGAAUAUAUCUCUGCACGCUGUUAUUUCCACAAACAACACCCAGUGUGUCAGCCUUGAUAUUGAGGAAACAAAGGUCCAUGUCGACGAAGUGACCCUUCAGAUAUUAAAAACAAUCACAGACACUGCGCCUUUUUCUUUGCCUCUGCCCUUGAAGGACAUCGUCCCUCAAAUGUUUUCAGUAGAGUUACAGGAGAAGAUGGACAACUCAGAGUCCUGUGCCAUUGUUCUCACUGACUUCAAUGAGUGCAAAACCUCCACUGGCUUAUUCCAGUUCCACAUAAGCUCUUCAAGGACCUCCCCAGAAGGCAUUUCAAUCCUCUACUGUGUUACAGCCCUCUUUGACAAAACAGGAGUCCCUGUGCCUGGAGGUUGUCUCACUCCACAUCCUAAAGAUGCCAAUGUUUCCUUAGUUAUGUCCAGCACAAUGGUCAAGAUAAUUGUGAAGCACCAUGCCAAGCAGAGCUCCAUCAAGUCAGGUAACAUGGAGGCAAGCAUCACCAAGACAUCCAUCAACUUUCAGCCAGACAGUAACAGCAUCCGGAUUGUUUACUGGACUACCAUUAAGAGCAACGGUGAGAUCUUUGCUAAGGCAGAAUCGGUCUUAGUCAUCAAACUCACUGGCAAGAUUUCAAGUGGCAAAAUGAUAGUAAACAUUGAAUCUUUAAGAUCUGAGCACACUGUGAAGCCUCCUGAAUUAAAGGAUGUGGUCAAAGAACUGCUGCUCAAAGCUCAGAAGUUGCUCUUUACUGGGUUGAAAGAAUCAGCUGCAAACUGGAAUAUACCAACAGGUGUACUCUUAUUUCCUGUAACUGGCGAUGUUCAAGCAACAAAAUCGAAUGAUCUGCUCAUAGUAAGCUGAACCUAACAUAACUGAAGCCAGGCAAUAUUCUGAAUGAAAGCAAAAACAUUCUUUAAAACUGUCUUAUGAAAUACUGAGCUGAAGACAUCCUUAUGAUUAAGAAACCAAGUAGAAUUAGUCUUCUUAAAACGUCAA